CGCGACCAUUAAAUAACAAAACUUUUUAAUUGAUUUUGAUCGACUGGCUAAACAAUCAUUGUUUAGUAUAUAAACAACACAAUUUCUUUUUUUCUGCUACUCUUAUAUAAAUCUGUCUCUAAUCAUAUAUGGCGCCAAUAUUUAAUCCACUAGAGGGCGUCGAUGGUAUAUUAGAUGGUAUAACCUAUAUAUAUACUAGAAUCACUGUAAAUAAGCAUUUAUGUUUUAGAACAUAAAGUUAACCUCAUUUUGUGAGAAUAUUUUUCUACAAAGUGAUAAGUUAUUUUUUCUCUCUACAUUUCUUCUGAAAAGAUAACAUAUCAGUCGAAAUGGAUGAUAUUUGGGAAUCUAGGGAUAAGACUAUCAGAAAAGAAAUACUUAAAAAAGGCAUUUUUUCAAACAAACCAACAGAAUGUUGUGAAUGCCAGAUUAUAAUACAAAAUGUAAAUGUUACUGGAAUGAAUGUUAUGGAUUUGAAAAAUCAGCUUCAAACAGAAAUUCUCGAUGAUACUGAAAAGACAAUUAGGAUAGGAGAUGCAAAUUCUGAAAUCGACAGAAAAAUUGAAAGGGGAAUACAGAUGAUGAUGAUCGAAGAGAAUUGUUUGUUUACCAUAUAUAUGUCAGCUUUAUCUGAGGAAGGAAAAAAAGUUAUUGUCACUUUUAAUAUAAUUUUGAAGUAUUUCAAGCCAUUUAAGACAAUUUGGAAUUGGACUCCAGAAGAAAAAUAUGAGAUUGCUUCGAAGUAUAAAGAAGUUGGUGUAAAAUUAUUUAAAGAAUCAAGACACAUAGAUGCGUUUCAUAAAUUUAGCAAAGCUUGCAAAAUUUUAAUAACUCUAGAACCAAUACCUGAUCUAGAAUUGGAUAAAUCAUUAGAAAGAAAUAUUAAUACAUUGAGGAUAAUUUUAUAUAACAAUUUAGCUGGAUGUCAUAUACUUAGAGAGAAUUAUGAACAUGUAAUUAAAUUAUGUAACAAAAUUUUAGAAAAAGAUGAAAAUAACAUUAAGGCUUUGUAUAGACGUGGUGUAGCUUAUGGUAAAUUAAGAAACAUUGAAAAUGCUGUUUCUGACUUGAAAAAAGUUAUUAUUUUAGAGCCUCAUAAUGCUGCUGCAAAGGAACAAUUUCUCAUUUAUAAUCAAAAAUUGCAGGAAGCAAAUCAGAAGUGUAAAGAUAUGAUAAAGAGAAUGUUUCAAACUUAAUAAUUAAUUAUCAAGUAUCUUUAAAUCAUUGACAUAAAAUUGUUUACAAAUAAUAUAUAGAUAAUAUACAGAAUAAAUAGUUAUUUUAUAAAUAGAAAAA